AUGGACCAGUACGAUGUUCUUUCACAUCCGCAAGGCCAGUCGCUUCUCCCCUAUUUCAUCUCUUCCCAGCCAAGGAGUGAUCCGCAUGCAACGCCUGCUGCGAGCAGCUCGUCGGCAUCGGAGGCACAGCGGAGACGUUCGAGUUUCGAUUGGACGCAUCCUAUCAUGUCCAACAGGCCUUAUGCGGGUGGCAUGCAGUCCUCGGGCCCCUAUGGGAAGGAUCCACUUUGGAGAUCACAGCAAAUGACCUAUCUGCACUCAUUACAGCAGCACCGCUACCGAGGGCUGUCGAGGAGCGACCCUUAUGGGGCCGUACGUAUGACGCCGGAUGAGCAGGGCAACCCCCGCCAUUUUCAUUGGUAUCGCAGAGAGUAUUUACCCUCUUCCCCCCUGUCUUCAUCGCGCAGCGCACAUGACUACUAUCGAAGAAUGUCAUACGAGUACCCAGUGCGUGUCCUGUACGAGUCGCCGUUGCCCUCCUUGCAACGACACUCCUCGCCGGCGCCGGCUGCGCCACAGCCUCCGAGAAAGGAGGCCAUGCAAGGAGCCGAGGUGGCGAAGCUCCAACGGGAGGAUUUGAGUCCGCUCCAGCUUCCCGAGAUCGACGGGCACCUCGUGGACCAGUACAUACCGACGGAUAUGCAUUGGCUCUUUGAGCCUAUCAACACCAAACAUCAGCCGCAUCUGGACAAAUUGCGCGAGCGAAAGAGGAAGCUGGAAGAAGCAUGGACGACGGGUGACAUGAGCCUAUCGGAGGACGCAACGUUGAUCAUGCCGGAAGCCAAGUGCAAGCGCAAGGGGUCGAACCAAGGACUACUUUCUGAGGCAGAGAAAAAGGCCAACCACAUUGCUUCAGAACAGAAGCGGCGUGCUAAUAUCCGCAAAGGCUAUGAUAUGCUAUGCAGUAUGGUGCCUGGACUCGAGAAAAACUCCAUGGAAUCGACGCAAAAGAAGCAUCUUUUCGGCGAUGAAGAUACGGGCGACCAACGGGGCAGCAGCUUCAGUGAGAUUUCCAUUCUGGAAGAGGUACUGGAACACCUGACCCAACGCCUGAAAGAACACCACAUGCUAUUGCUGCGAAAGCACGAGGCACAGCAGCGAGUCCUCUCACAGCGAAGACGGAUGCUGGUCUAG